ACGGUACCACCUGCCGGGCAGGGGAUGCGCUCGAAGACUCUCCCUCCCGGAGGUGUUGCUCCCGGAAGUGGCCUCUUGAAAGCUCAGGAUCCCGGAGCCACUUGCCAGCGGCUGGUGAGUUCCUGGAUCUUCGAGCCUGCGGCGCGUGGUGGGCGCGGGGCAGCUGGCCAGCGGGGGCCGGAGGUGCUCUUUACCCGCUGAAGAGGCGCCGGUGGCUGCCCGGCUUAGCGGCUUGGCCAGCGCGGUCUCCGCGGGCGGCUGGUCCAACCUGCCGCCCGAGGUUUCAGGUACAAUCCAGGUGCUUGGGACACAGAUCAAGAAGCUCCACUCCCUUCUGGACAGCGCCUAUAGCAGCCAGCACUGACCUCUCUUUUGAGGAAAACUUUGUGACUUCUGGCAAGGGACCUGUUGGCCUCAAGCAGAGAAUUGGAAAUGGGCCUCUUGGCACUAGCCCAGGAAAAUUAAAGGUGCUUCUUUUUGGGAAAAACAGUUGAGUGACCCCCAGUGGUACCCACAUCCCUGUGACAGCAUUACCAGGACCCAGGUCAUCUGCUCUGGCAUCGUUUCAUGGAGCCUCCGGGAGAGAAGACGGGAGAAGCCGGUGGGCUGCACAUCACACCCCAGCUGCUGAAGUCUCGCACGGGUGAGUUCGCCCUGGAGUCCAUCCUGCUGCUGAAGCUGCGCGGGUUAGGGCUGGCUGACCUGGGCUGCCUGGGGGAGUGCCUGGGCCUCGAGUGGCUGGACCUCUCAGGCAAUGUGCUCACCCAGCUGGGCCCGCUGGCCUCCUUGCGCCAGCUGACAGUGCUCAAUGUCUCUAACAAUCGGCUGACAGGGCUGGAGCCACUGGCCGCCUGUGAGAACCUGCAGAGUCUCAAUGCUGCAGGCAACCUGUUGGCUACUCCUGGCCAGCUGCAGUGUCUUGCUGGGCUGCGGUGCCUCGAGCACUUGCGGCUCCAGGACCCUUUGGCCCGGCUUAGCAACCCCCUCUGUGCCAGCCCUACCUACCGGGCUAUAGUCCAGGAGCUGCUGCCUGGCCUGAAGGUCAUCGAUGGCGAGCGUGUGACUGGGCGUGGCAGUGAGCUCUACCAGCUAUGCCGAGACCUGGACAGCUCCUUGCACCCCAGCCCCAGCGCCAGCCCCAACUCUAUAGCCACUGAGGCCCAACCCUGGGUGGAGCCAGAGUACUGGGAGUCUUGGCCCACCCGGAGCAGCUCCAUCCUGGAGGAGGCCUGUCGGCAGUUCCAGAAUACCCUUCAAGAGUGUCAGGACCUGGACCACCAAGCCAGUGACAGUCUUGCCCAGGCCCAGCAGGCCCUCAGCCCUGCGGGUACCACCUCUUCAUUUGUCUUUUAAAUGUGCCCCAUGGCCUAACACGGCCUGGCAGGUGGCCUUAUGGCCUGCAUCUCCCCUCCUUGCCUUUAAACUUGUCUUCAGGGUUCCCUCCCACCAGUCACUGACCCUGCAAAUUGGGCUAUUCAUUCAUCUCUGUCUUGAGAGCAGCUCCAACCCCUCUAAGAACACAUCCAGUGGCCCUGUAUGGUAUUAGGGCCGGCAGCCUGGCAAGUGUUGAGUCCACAGCUGCUGCCACUCCACCCUGAGACUUGGUGGAGGAGUUACUUCCACUUGUGAAGCUACAGGUGAGAAAGGUGGGAAGGGCCAACCUCCAGCCUAGCUGACCUGGGAAAGGAUGGGCAGGGCUGAGUAGCCUAGAACAUUCCUGGAAGCUAGAGCUCACCCCUGCCUUCCAAAUUUCCCUGUCUAGAUGACCCAUUCUGUGCUGUCCUGGAGCCUUCUCUGCCCCUGCUCACCCAGGCCUUUCUAUUAAACAG